AUGACGGCGGAAGUCAACUUCCCGCCAAGUUUCCUAAACACAGUUUAUUAUCUUAAAUUGUUAGCAGAAAAUUAUUUGAAAGAACAUUACUUUGAAUGAAACAUCUUGUUUAACACAAUCAGCCUCAAAGAACAGAGAAUUCAAUAUGUCUGUCAACGUUCAAAGGAAAUUAGAGUUUCAAGUCAGGAAAUCCACAAAAAAUUCAUGCUCAGAAGAGAAAACCCAAUCCACUAGAGCAACAAGACGUUCGGUUCGUAAUUCAAAGAAAGAACAAGAAACUUGCGCCAAUUCAUUAGAUUCACCACCACGAAAAAGACAUAGUGAUGAAGAAGACUCUGAAAACCAGCCGGUGCCAGUCUUUCACACUCCAAGCAAGAAGUCAAAGGUCAAGGAUGAUCUUGCUUUGCCCCAGCGCCUUGAAGAGACACCUACCCGAGGCAGCCUGGCAAAACUGUUGGCAGUUGCAAGACUGUCUGACAGUGAUAGUCAAAAUGAUGACAAACAUUCUGGGAAAGAUAAUGGAUUGUUGUCGCCCAAGAAGUCUGAUGUGGGGUCUCCAGUCAAAGGAUUACCUAGUCCAGCCAAAGGGUCUUAUAGUCUUACAUCAGCAGGCGUCCAGCUGCGCUGUCCUCUGUCACCCAUCAAACUUGCUUCAAACAAUAUCAUGAACGCUGCUCAAUCACCAGUGAAAACAUUGCUUCAUGGGAGGCCAUUGUUAUCUUCGCCACAAAAAUCUCCACGUAAAUCACUUGUUGCAGCACUCAGCCCUAAAAAGUCGCCAUCUCUGAAGAUUUCAAGACCUAAUUGCGAGGCUUACCAUCAAGCCAAGCAGGUUUUCCACACGGCCAAGCCAGAGCGUCUGAUUGGGCGAGACACUGAGAUGACGGAGAUUCGAAGCUUUCUCAAGGGUCACAUGACAAAAAAGACUGCCGGAAGCCUAUACAUCUCUGGAGCACCUGGGACUGGAAAGACCGCUGUGUUGACCCACAUAAUUGAUGAAUUGAAGGGCUCCCACAGCUGCAAAUCGGUGUAUUUGAACUGUAUGACUCUGGAUAAUUCUGCGACGGUGUUUGGAAAGCUGUACACGGACAUUACUGGCAAGAAUAUGCCCACUGCUAAGGAGAGGCUAAGGGCUGUGGAAAAGGUGUUGACAUCUGAUGGGCCAUCUGUUGUGCUCAUUUUGGACGAGAUCGACCAGCUAGAUAGCAAGAACCAGGAAGUGCUGUACACGAUCUUUGAGUGGCCCUCACUCCCUAAGUCUCGACUCAUACUUGUUGGAAUAGCCAACGCUUUAGAUUUGACUGAUCGUGUUUUGCCGAGACUUCAGGCAAGACCAAACUGCUGUCCCAAACUGCUGAACUUUGCACCCUACACAAAGGAACAAAUUUCGGCCAUUUUAAAAGACAGAAUAAAAGAUCUUGAUGAAGACCUAAUGGACGCUGUGGCUAUCCAGUUUUGUGCCCGCAAGAUCUCAGCAGUUGCAGGAGACAUGCGCAAGGCCCUGGACGUGUGUCGGCGGGCUGUUGAGAUGGUGGAGACCAGCGUAAGGUCACAGGCAGUGCUCUCACCUCCACCUGCUAAUGGAAGCAAAAGCCCUAGAAAACUGUCGCCCCCAAAAGUUCCACAGAAAAUAGGAGUUGCUCACAUCAACAAUGUGUUGUCAAUGGUGUAUGGGUCCGGGGCGGCAGCACAGCAGCAAGAGACCAUACCACUACAGCAGAAGUUAGUGGUGUGUAGCCUGCUGCUGUUGCUCAAACAGGGAAAGGUCAAGGAGGUCACGACUGGAAAGCUGCAUGAUGUCUACUGCAAGAUUUGCAAGAACCGCCAGAUGGCUGCAGUGGACCAGUCUGAGUUCCAAGGGGCGAUCACUCUACUGGAAGCCAGAGGCAUGAUUGGUGUUAAGAAGGGCAAAGAGACUAGGCUAAACAAGAUUGCUCUGAAGUUGGAUGAAAAAGAACUGGAACACACCCUUCAGGACAAAGUUCUUGUAUCUACCAUUCUACAAGAAGGCAUGCCAAAAUGAGGCCCGUAUUCAUGCAUCAAAAUAAGUCGCGUUUGUAUGCGUUAAAAUGAGUCCCGUGAACACGCACAUGGGUUUUUAUGGUGGUUUGUAGCAUCAAAGACUUGCUAGAAAGGGGCAGAAAAAUCCUUGAUGCAGAUUCAGGUUUUAUUUUGAAACCCCAAUUAGCCCAAUACAUAAUGUAGUGAUGUGUGCGAUAAAAGACUUUGUAGAGAAGAUCAUAUAUUAAUUGCAUAUAAGGAACAUAUUGUCUUCAAUCAGCAUUGAAACCAGCAUGUUAAUUGUACUGUAGUUAAGAAUUUAAUUAAUUUUGGAACUGAGCAUAUGCUCAUUUAAGUGUCAGAAUCGGGAAUCAAUGAAAUAUUCUAAUGAAAUAAUUAAAUAAAUUAUCUGAUUAUCAUGAUAGCAAAACUUUCCAGAAAGUAAUCAAACUGCAAUUACAUAGUAAUUAAAAUUUAUUGCUGGAUAAGUGUGUUGAAAAUUCAUUUUGAUGCAUAUUUGAAAACGAUUAAGCUUUUUUGACCACUGUCUGUUCAAGAAAUACCAUUCAUUUCUUAUGGAUUUCGCGACAGUGGGAUGGAAGUAUGGGGCCUUCCAUUUGUAUGCUCCACCCUUUAAAUAUAUGUCCCACCCUUUUUUUGUUCGUAAAUACAGACACAUGCAACCGCUUUUUAAUCGUUUUCAACAAUUUUAUAAAAUGUUAUACAGAUUAAUUGACAUUCAAUACAUUUUUAUAAAGAACUUGCCCUAAUGCAGAAUGGGUGAUUGGAUGUAAGUACGAUGGAACAGCUUAAUUAUACCACAAUGUACAAACUAAACCAUUUUUGUAUUUUUUCCCCCAAAGUAUGGCCCUGUAACAGACCCCCAGGAAUUUUUUUCAUAUGGCUUAACCCUUGUUUCUUAUACAAGAAACAAACCAAUACUGAAUUAUUGUCAUGUGCUGCAAUAAGACAAAUGUUCCAAAUUUUGAAGCAAAUGUAUGGAAAUGAGAUAGUAAGACAAUUUUGAUUUGUUUGUAGAUUAGACAAUCAUAUUCUAGUUUAGAUUAUAUUUGUUUUACUAUGUGAUUGUACAAAAUUAAAUUUUUAGCAUUCUAAUGUUAUCUAUUUUAGUUUCAUAUUAAAGUAAUAUAUAAGUACGUGGAACUUUACUUAAGAACUUGUGAAGGUGACAUAGUUCAAUUGAUAUUGUUUUUUUCUUACUUUCUUUGUUAUGUAGGACAAGUCAAUAAGUAUUACAGUUAUGCAAAUAGUUAAAGGUACGUGUUCACUAAUGACAGAAAUGCUUAUUUCCAAACUUUGUGUCGUAGAUUUAAAAAAAGUAAAACCUCAAUUUGCUGACAGUCCUUAUGACUGGUAGUAGAAUUAGAACAUGUGUUUAAGGCUCAAUGUAUGUUUUGUGUGAACUUUGCAUAAGUAUUCCAUGUAAAAAAGUAAGGAAAAAAUUAGUAAAAAGCAAUUAUGAAACCAAAUAGCUUUUUAAUUAUAUUAUUGAUAGAUUAGACUAUAAGUUGUUCUUUCAUUUGAUUUUAGUUACGAGAUAUAGGGAAUAGUGGUAAUUUAUGAUAAGAUUGACAAAUCUUUUCUCAACUUGAAACUUCUGAAAUGUUAGUCAUUAAAAUACUAAUGAAAUAAAUGUUUGACAUUUUCCUUGGUGCUUGUUGAAAGCAACAAUUUCCAUUACCUAAAUUAGGAUUGUUUUUUUAUAUUGCAAUAUUUAUACUUGCAGUUAAGCAAAGAAUACUAUAUCGAUAUAUUGGCGGCAUACAAUUGUGUAACAAAGCAGUUUAAACAUUUCAGUAUAACUUAAUUUGAAAUAGCUUUGUAAAUCUGAGUUGUUAAGUAUGCUCACAUAUUUGUUCAGUUAACAAAUAUAUAUAUGUAUAAAAAUACUUUCUUCAACUGGGAUUGAUACUAUCAGUACUGUUGUACAGCAAUAAUGUUUACAAUUUGGAUAAAAGCCCAUUUGUAGUUUUGUAUGAAAUGAAAUGUAUGUAUGAAGUAUAAGGUAUUUAGCCCAAUAUUUUCCUCUUAUUUUUAUGCCCCUCCUCAAAGAGGAGGAGGUAUAUUCUUUUGCUGGAUGUCGGAUGGUCUGUCGGUAGACCGGUUUGUUUUUGAUAGACAACUUGAUUGACACUUCCCAUGUGCAUUGGCCUUUGCCAGGAGAUGACCACUAUUGAAAUUGGGGUCAUUAGGUAAAAGAUCAAGGUCAAUGUCACACUAAGAGUGAUGAUUGUUUCUAACCAAUAACUUGUUAAUGGAGGGACUUAUUAGCUUGAUUCUUUCCAUAUGCAUUGGCGUUUGAAAGUAGAUUGCCCCUAUUGAAAUUGGGAUCACCAGGUCAGAGGUCAAGGUCACUGUAAUACUAAAUGUGAAAUCGUUUCCGACCAGUAACUCGUUAACUGAUUCAACUAUUGGCUUAAUUCUUCCUACAUGCAAUUGCAUUGGGCAGUAGAUGACCCCGAAUGAGAUUGGGUUCACUAGGUCAAAGGUCAAGGUCAGCCAUACUAUAACAAUGAUUUAACAUAAGUGCAUAAUUCAGUGUCAAAUUAAAACUUAUUUAAGUGGCUAAGUCACAAUGGUAUGAUAUGUUUAACUGUAAUGGUUAGUGCUGCAACAAUACGCCAAAAACCGUAUUGCAAUAUAUUGUCAGUUCAAAAACCCGUAUUGCAAUAUAUCGCAAUAUAUUGCUAACUUGUACCAAAAUUAUAACUUGCCAAUUACCCGAUAAUCCCAUAAAUUCCAAUUUUAAAGCAAAUUCUGGUAAAUAUUUACUAUAAAUGUGCUCAAGAAUAAUAAGAAACACAAACAUUCGCAAAUUUUCUUAAGUAUCAAAUACAUUUUUGAAAUUGUUUCUAUUUAAAGAUGUGAUGAAAUAACGUCCAACCGGGGCGUUUUUCCCACUGAACAGGCGUAAUUCAGCUGAUGUGAUGUUCCCGUUUUUAUACAACACAAAAUACACCCAUACUUUCCAUGCGACGUUCUGCAUGUCUGUUUAAUUUUCGCGCGCUUUUUAUUGAGACAAAGGAUAAAGCACUUUGUAUUUGACGCUAUAAUUUUUUAUUGUCGCGUUAGCAUUCAAAUUUGGAAGCGUGUUUCCGAAAUUCGGAUUACAGAUAAUGCUCAAAUCAGAAUCGAACGAAACAUUUACAGCUGUGCGCAAUUAAUUCAACGAUAAUCUGUUCAAAAGCAUCGAAUGAAUGCUCCCAUGGAUGUAACAACGCUUCUCCGUAUACUACACUUUUUAGAAUGCUAUUUUUACGUAAAAAAUAAUGUACACUGCUUUGUUUUGUUUACCUUUUUAUCAUUAUUUCGGAUGGCUUUUCUGGACGAAAUGUGAGUGAAUUUUUGUAAAAUUUUCGUACCGGUAUGAUGAAAAUCAUAUCGCAAUACAAUAUGCGGAUUGCGUAUUGCGAUAUAUACCGAUAUACCGGUAUAUUGUUGCAGCCCUAGUAAUGGUCAGUUUUGUGUCAGGCCCUGUUUUUUUUUUUUGGGGGGGGGGGGGGUCGGCAUCUGACUCUGACUGCUGAGCUCUUGUUAUUUUAAAAGGUUAAUAAAACAAUAUUGAAACUGAACAUAAUAAAACUGAGAGAAUGUUAUUAACUUAAAGAACUAUAUAAUAAAUAUAUGUUUUAUGUAUGUUCCAGAAUUUAAUCAUAACUGAUGAUUAUUCAUUCCACAGAACAAGCAAACUGACUGAAUGUGAAAAAUUAUGAGCAGUUGUGACUUAUUUAUUUUAUGCUUGUAUUGAAAAGAGUUUGAGAUGAAAGUAUGCGUAGGUUCGAAUCACUUAGCCUAUAACUUACUGAUGACAUGUAUGUUUCAAAAAUGACUGUUGAAAAUGAAUGUUGUAUUCAUUGCACUAUGUGUCCUCCCACGUGAUUGUGUAUUCUACUGUUGCAACAUGCGGUAUGAUCUGAUAAUAUAUUGAUAAGUUAUACAUUUUAGUAAACCGUAUUUUUAUGUUAAGAUAUUUUUAAAUAUAUCUGUAUGAAAUUAAAUGAACUUGCUCAAAGUGGUUCAUUACGCUCAUUUUUACGAAAACGAUCAGGAUAAUACUGCAUUACGUCAUUACCGCGAACCAUUUAUUCAUGUUCCGUAUCGUUUGACAUUCAUUACCGAUAUAUUGCAAAAUGUUAAUAAUGUUGUGUCAAGUGUUUGCCAUUGUGUUACAGCUUCUUGUCUUAACACAAUUUUAUUUGAAAUGUUUGAUGCAUGUGUACCUUGUGAAACUGGACAUGAAUGCAUUAUCGUCUUUCAUAUUUAUGAAUAUGUCUGUAUAUGUCUGAAAUGUUCAAUAGCAGGCGAUUUGUAUCAAAUAAUGUAAUACGUGUCGGCAUUUAUUUUGUGUUGUGAAUUUUUAGAUGACAAUAAAUAACUGAAUGAUAACUAAACUUUGUUUACACUAGUUAACAAAAUGUGUGUUUAAUAAAGUAGAUUUGAUAAAUCAUA